AUUUAUUCUUGUCUCAUGGCUAAGGAUACAACAACAGUCGCGCGACCGCGGAUGCCUCCAUAGUUGAGCGUGAGCUCCAAGAUGCACUGGUUGAGCGUAGCUACUACGACGACCUCGUCUCUCGAAACCUCGAGGCGCGUAGUUCAAUGACUGGACAGGAGCGCGCCGCGUCGGUGCUUGGGAAGAUGAAGAAGGGCCAGAGCGGUUCACGUAACAGUCCAAUGGCAAUGACUGAACAGGAGCGCGCCGCGUCGGUGCUUGGGAAGAUGAAGAAGGGCCCGAGCGGUUCACGUAACAGUCCAACGCCAAUGACUGAACAGGAGCGCGCCGCGUCGGUGCUUGGGAAGAUGAAGAAGGGCCCGAGCGGUUCACGUAACAGUCCAACGCCAAUGACUGAACAGGAGCGCGCCGCGUCGGUGCUUGGGAAGAUGAAGAAGGGCCGGGGCGGUUCACUUGAGUCCUCUGGGACGCCUCAUCCGCACGCGGGUUCGAGCAGCUCAGCUCAGCAAUCCAGACCUGGGAGUCCGCCUCUGAUAAGACCCACGCCGAUCCGCCCUCAGACAGCCGGGUCCCAUCCCCGGGGGUAUGACCUCGACGGCGAGCUGUUCAUUCGGACGACCGAGGAUGCCUCCAUGGUUGAGCGUGAGCUCCUCGACGGACUGGUGGAGCGCGGCUACUACGACGACCUCCUCUCUCGGGACCUCGAGGCGCGCAACAACGCUGAUCCGGAAUCGCCUCACCAGCGCGCCGAGAGGGAGGCCAGGGAGCAUGCGCAGAGGGCUCCGCAGAGAAACGCGCAGUACAUGCAGGCAGCGGGGGAAACACUUUUUCACUUCGCGCAGCAUGGAUACCCGGGCCAGAGUAGGGGGCCUUAUCCGCCUGAGCCUCAUCCGUGGAUCGGUCGCAUGGGACAGCACGGCGGCGCCGGGCAUGGGGCGGGAGCCCAACAUCAUCCCCGGGAUUAUGACCUCGACGGCGAGUUGCUCGAGCGUGACUUCGAGGCAUAUGAGCUUGAUUGAGUGGACGUAGCAUAAUCAUGGGGCAGUUACGAUAUCUCUGCGCCUGUCGUACGCGUCAUGUACAUUGUUGCGUCCAUAGUGGGAAUCGUAACGUGAAG